GGUAAACUCGCAGCGAUAACGACGAAGGUGCUGCUCCCGAGGUGACGCGGCCGUUCCCGUUGCCGUGCGAUGGCAAAAUGGGAAAAGCCAAACGCUCUACAAUCGUCGACAGCGUCGUUGCACAGCUCUGCUGGCUGUGUUGGCUGUGUUGGCUGUGUUGACUGUGUCUCUGGCGCAAAGUGAUUUCAGUUUCUAGUUCUCGUUCAGCUUUGUCGACGGCACGACGUGUUUGUUCUUGUCUGUGUGAGCGCGGAAGCCAAAGCAGCUGAAGCUGAAGUACAAUUUGUUUUGCAUUGCCUUUGUCUGCAUCAACGACAGUCGGCGACAAAACAAAACAAAACAAAACAAAACAUAACAAAAAAAAUUUUAAAAAAUCAAAAUAAAAAACGACAGAUAAGAGAGAGCAAAAAACCUUGACAGAUAUCUUCAAUAGUGCAACAAAUCAAUAACAAAAUAAAAGCAGAUCGAAUUAAUACCAAAAAAAAAAAAUCAAAACAAAAAAAACUACCUUCAACAAUUCAGAGUAAGGCACAACAUUUGAUUGAUUGGUGGCCUAUACAUCAGCAACAACAACAACAAAAUUUACAACAAGAAUUGAGCAUUCGAGCAACUGUCGAUGUUGAGAAUUUGAAAUUGGAGUUCAGGUUAAAAUUAAAGUUGAAUCGACUACCGACUGCCAGGCGCAGAGCUCUUGAAUCAAAUAUCACAAUAAAAGCAAACGAACAAUACUAACGCCUAAUCUUAGCCAGAGCCUAACCUCAGACGAUCGCGCUUUAGUCAACAUGUAAGAGAGACAGCAAUGAUUACAAUGCACCUAAAACUACUAACCCGAACAGACAGGCGCCUAAAAUACAACUAGACCAGACGUUCAACCGCCCAACCGUUCAACCGCCCAACCGUUCAAACGCUUAACCGCUUAACCGCUCCAGCAGCGGAAGCGACACCUCCCCCGCCAAUUCCAAGUGCGAAGUGCGAAGUGAAGAGUGGCAAUGGCCGGGCCACAGGUACAGCACACGCAGCGACCUAAUAGCGCUUACUACACGGGACUGAAUGGCAGCGGCGGCUCAAGUGGUGCAGCUGGAGGUGGAGGUGGAGGCGUUGGUGGGGGCAUGGCCAGCAGCGCUUCACAUACGGGCCUGGGACUGCAUGCUCUGCGCCAGGUGUCCAAUGAGACGGAGCUGAUCUAUCGCGGCAGCCACAACAAUGGCACCGUCAAUGAACUACCCGGAGUCGGUCAAGGACGUCAAAUGCCAGCGACAACCAGCAAUCGUAUCAUUCAACAGCAGCCGGCGCACAGUUCGCGGGACAACAUUGUGAGCAGCAUAGCGGGUACGGGAAGCUGUGCCACGGAUACGCUCAUUGGCACCAUUGCCACCAGCGCUGGAGCCGGGAACAGCAGUGCAUUGACAGCGCUGAACAGUAGUGGUAUUGCCGGCAGUUCCACCGGCGUCGCUCUGAAAAAAUCGAACACGCAGCGGAGCAUUGAGAUCAUUGUGGAUGCGUCACAGUGCGGCAAGGACGUCGUGGACAUUGAUGAUGUAGAACAGGGCGAAGGUGGCGGUCAGGAAUCAUCAUCAUCGAUCCGCAAAUCAUCGCGACAUCGCCACAGGCCACUGCAUCGAAGGCUCAUCAGCUAUCUGCGUAGUCUGUUCCAGGGUAGCGCAGCACAGAAUGAUUCCGAGCUAGAAGAAUUUGAGACGCCUGCGCGCUACAGACCAGACUCAUUGAGUGCCCUGAGUCGUGCCACCCGCUUCACAGAGGAUGAAAUCAAACGAAUUUAUCGGGGUUUUAAGGCUGAAUGCCCUACGGGUGUUGUCAAGGAGGAUACCUUCAAAGUGAUCUACUCACAGUUCUUUCCACAGGGAGCAAAUCCAACAUUAUAUGCCCAUUAUGUAUUCAAUACGCUGGAUCAGGAUCACAGUGGCAUUGUCAGCUUUGAGGAUUUUGUUCAAGGACUUUCAAUACUGUCUCGUGGCUCCGUGGAGGAGAAAUUGCGCUGGACCUUUUCGCUGUAUGACAUCAAUGGCGACGGCUUCAUUACGAGGGAAGAAAUGACUGACAUUGUAACUGCCAUCUACGAGCUGAUGGGCCGCCUGCCCGACGAGUGCCCCGAGGAGGAGAAGAUCAAGGGCAAGGUGGAGCACAUCUUUCAGAAAAUGGACAUUAAUCGCGAUGGCGUUGUUACUCUGGAGGAGUUCUUGGAGGCCUGCCGAAAUGAUGAGGCCAUAUCCAGGUCGAUGUCUUAUACGGCUCGAAGAAGACAACGCAGCCGCAGCCAGAAACAGCAACAACAGCAACAACAACCGAACAGGCAUCAUCAACAAACGGAACCGGAAAAACGUAAGUCAAACUUCAAGACGAAACAGCAAAUGCAACAAAGACAUAGCACACGACACCAACCGGCAGCUAAGUGCUGUGUUGUCAUUGACAUGGAUGACGCUAGCACUACAACAACAACAACAACAACUGCAUCAAUAAACAACAGCACAAGCAACAACAACAACAACAACUAUAAAAACUAUCAUAGACCCAAAAAGCUAAACGGACGCAUCAUCGAUAGCUCCAACGGAGAUGGGCAACAGCGGCAGAAAUGGAAGGAGGAGUAUGACGAAGAUGAGGAGGAGGAGGAGGAUGGGGAUGGGGACGAGGACGGGGACGAAGACGAGAGUGCUGAUGAUGCGGACUUGGAUGAUUUUGAAAAUGACGGGCACUUUAUGAUGGGCAGAUCACAACGUAGUCGAUCCAUUUGCCGACACUGUCUGCGUCCCCAAUCGGAGCUGCAGUCACGCCAAGUGACAGGUGUACGCUUGCGCAAGUCUCACUCCAAGUCGCGACAACGAAAGCGCAGCAAAAGUAAGCAACGCCACCAUCACCAUCUAUGUCAUAAUUAUGUGGGACCCCGUGCUCUGCCUCGGUGGCCGGAGCUUAACGUGGCCAAUGAGCAGGCCAUUCGGUUUCGGUGCCCGCAGGUGGGUCCCCAGGUGGGACGUGAUCUGCACACUCCACAGCCGAUGCACUUCCAUCAUCCACAGCAGCUGUGCCAUGCCGGUCAGGCCCAAGUUCAGGCUCAAAUCCAAGCCCAGUCGCAGGUGACGCCAAAGCCGGCCAAGAGCAAAAACAAGCAAAAGCAUCGACACAAUAAACAAUUUCAAUGUCCAGCCACAAGUGGAGCAACAGCUCUUUCUUCAAUAGCAACUGCAGCUGCUUCGCCGUUGCCACAGCCACAGGCACCGCCUCCACAUCCACCACAUCCACAUCCACCGUUACCUGUUGCCUUGGUGACCUUGGAAAUUGGAGCUACCGAUCAGGGGCCAACGGAGCUGCCUAGCACACCAGACUCACCGUCCCUGGUGACGGUCAGCACAUGGUAUACGGUGGCCAAGCAGGGCGUCUCCUGCUAAUGCCAGCUAUCACUUAGUAGGCAUUUACGUGUACUAGUACUUUACUAAUAGAAAACUUCACAGCUGUCCAGUGAGUAUUUUUGAUAUCAGCCUAAGUAGAUAUAUUUGAAAAUAUCUUUGGCUUUCGCAAUUGCAUGACGACAACAACAAAAACAAAAUACAAAGUACUCGAAUCACUCUGAUGAACAAACCCCCAAAGCCAAAAAAAAAAUUAUAUUUUUGA